GCGGCGAAUCAGAGCAAUUUUUAAUCUGCGUCACUUUGUUAUGAGAGAUUAUCGAUUCUAAUUCCUCAUUCUGUCAACUGAAUGGACUUUAAGCUUUAAAUGUUUUUCUCAGUUUUCUCUCCCUCAGUCAUCUACCCAUAAACUACAAAGCUAGCUUAGCUUAGCAUUCAAACUGGAGAUAUGAGUGGUGAAACAGUCAAAGUUGCUGUUUGAUGGAGUGGUUGUAGUGUUUUCCAGAAUAAAUCAGCCAGUAAAACUGUGUGAAAAUGCCAGGAGUCGAGACACUGAGAGAUUUUGUCAACCAGAGACUGACUGCUGCUGCUGAGGAGAUUUUUGGAGUCUUUGAAAGAACGAUAGCAGAAUACGAGGAACAACUUUGUCGAUGUAAAGAGGAAAACGAGCGAAAACAGAAACUUCUGGACGAUGUUCAGCUUCGCUUUCACAGAGCAGACAACCAGGAGCUGUCAGUGACUCCAGAAGAGGUUCCCUCUGAGCAGCAGGAGUGGAGCUCCAGUCUGGAGCAGGAGGGCACUGAGCCUCCACACCUUAAAGAGGAAGAGGAGGAACUGUGGAGCAGUCAGGAGGGACUGGAUGAGGUUUAUACCAUCAAGUUCCCCUUUGCUCCUGUUUCAGUGAAGACUGAAGAUGAUGAAGAGAAACCUCUGUCCUCACAGCUUGAUGAAAUACAAAGUGAAGGGAUGAAAACAGGAGCUGAUGGAGAGGACUGUGGAGGACCAAGACAGGCCAGGAACUCAGAACCAGAGAGACAUUUACAUUCAGAGACUCAGGACAAGACUGGAGACUGCUCUGAAGCUGAAACUGAUGACAGUGAUGAUUGGAGGGUCACCAUGGAAAAUGAUCCUGGACUAAACUGUGUGGAAAACUUUGAUGAUGAUAGAUCAGACAAUGACAAGAAAUCACACAGCUGCUCCCAAUGCAAUAAAACAUUCAGAUGGAAAUGUCAUCUUGCAAUACAUAUGAGAAUUCACACAGGAGAGAAACCGUUCAGCUGCCCUGAAUGUAGUAAAAGGUUUAAUGAAAAAGGAGGUUUGCUCCAACAUAUGAGAAUACACCAAAAAGAGAAACCUUACGCCUGCUCUGACUGUGAUAAAAGAUUUAAGUUUAAGUCAAGUCUGGCUCCACACAUGUUAGCUCAUACCGAACAGCAUCACUUCGGCUGCUCUGACUGUGGUAAAAGAUUUAAGUAUAAAGUUAGUCUGACCAAACACAUGCUGAGUCACACAGGAGAGAAACCCUUUAGCUGCCCUGAGUGUGACAAAAGAUUUAAACAUAAGGCUUAUCUGAAAUCGCACAUGUUUCUUCACACAGGAGAAAGGCCAUUUAGCUGCUCUAAGUGUGAUAAAACAUUUAACAAAAAGUCUACUCUGACAAAUCACAUGUUAAUUCAUGGAGAACAGAAACGCUUCAGCUGCUCUGGGUGUGAUAAAAAAUUUAAUCAAAAGUCUCAUCUGAACUCCCACAUGUUUGUUCACACAGGAGAGAAACCCUUUAGCUGCUCUCAAUGUGAAAAGGGAUUUUAUUACAAGUCUCAUCUUAACACACAUAUGUUGGUGCACACAGGAGAGAAACCCUACAGCUGCUCUGAGUGUGAUAAAAAAUUCAGUCACAAGUCUCAUCUGACUUCACACAUGGUGAUCCACACAGGAGAGAAACCCUUCAGCUGUGAGCUCUGUGGUCAGAAAUUUUCAUGGGAUAGUCAGGUAAAAAGACACAAGUGUACCAGUGGCCAGACUUGAUAAAAUAAGUGAAAGAAGAGCUAAGGAGGAGGACUGUAAGAUGAGAACCAGGCAGUAUCUCAGAUAUAUAAAAAGAUGUACAAGAGACUGAAGAUGAAUACGAUGAUUAGAGGGAGAUCAGAGAACAUCAGUCAAGUUGAAACUCUAAGCUUGCUAUACCUAAUCCUGCAGCUACUCAGCUGCACACAGCUCUUAUUGGGAUGCACAGAUGCUUCAGCUUAAUAUCAGUAUCAGCUGAUAUUAUCCCUGUUUGUCUACAUAUGCAAAUGAUAUAGCAGGAACGUUUAUCAUUCUGGGUUUUUCUGUUGUGCCUGAUGAAUUGUAUGCUUGCAUCUGACAUAUCUAGCUGAUGAAUAGAAUAAACCAACGCAGUUUUCCGAAAUGUGCUUGAGAAGAAGAUUUUUGUGGGUUGGAGCUCUUGCACCCAUAUUCGAGUCAGUGUGGCCUCUGAGCAGGGCAAGGUUGAGCACAGGUUCUUGAAGAAAUUCUGUUUUUUUUUCAGUAAUAAAAGAUGUAAGCAUAAACACAUCUGUUAAUUAGACAUGUAGUGAGAUUUGAUGAUUUUGCAAAGACAGGAAUGGGAAAUGAAAGUUUUUUCUAUAAUUUUUAAAAUAUAUUUUUUUAAAAGUCAAUUUGGCCCUUAAGAAACCUUAA